CACAAAAAGAUGAGUGUGUGUGUGGAGGAAGAGGAGGGCAGAGCAGCGUCUCCAGUGUCCAGCUGUGUGUCUAUGAAGAGUGACCGAUCUAAACAUAAUCCUCCAGACUUCAGUGAUGAACCUGCACCUUCAGACACAAAAGAGAGGAAGAGGAGCAGUGAGGCUGUGGAGGAGCAGCUGUCCUGCUGUGCUUUGUGUCAGGAGGUCCUGAGGGAUCCAGUCUCCACCAGCUGUGGACACUGGUUCUGCAGACAGUGCAUCACCUCAUACUGGGACCAGUCUGGUUCAUCAGGAGACUCUGCCUGUCCCCAGUGUGGAGAAAGAUCCACAACAAGACCUGGACUGCAGACACCCAGUCAAACCAGCACAGUGGACGGCGGUCUGCAGGAGGUUUUAGACGAGCAUAAGAUCAGUCUGAGGAGGAGAUGUGAAUUUGUGACAGAAGGAACUGCUGCAGCAGGAAGUGGAACCCCCCUCAACAGGAUCUACACUGAGCUCUACAUCACACAGGGACUGAGGGAAGGGGUUAAUACCCAACAUGAGGUGUGGCAGCUGGAGACAACAUCCAAGAUGGAGACCCUCAGUGACACUCCAAUCAAGUGCCAGGACAUCUUUAAACCCUUACCUGGCCAAGACACACACAUCAGAGUAGUUGUGACUCAGGGCGUUGCUGGCAUUGGAAAAACCUUCUCAGUGCAGAAGUUCACUCUGGACUGGGCAGAGGGCUUGGAAAACCAACAUGUCAGUCUUGUGGUUCUGCUUUCGUUCCGGGAGCUGAACUUGAUCAAAGAUGAGCGCUACAGUCUUCUCCAGCUGCUCCGUGUUUUCCAUCCAACAUUACAGACGGUCACAGCAGAGAAGCUCGCCGUCUGUGAAGUCGUGUUCAUCUUUGACGGCCUGGAUGAAAGCAGGUUUUCAUUGCAUUUCCAGAAUAAUGAGGUCGUGUCUAAUGUCACACAGACAUCAUCAGUAGACGUGCUGUUGACAAACCUCAUCAAGGGGAAUCUGCUUCCCUCGGCUCUCCUCUGGAUAACUUCCAGACCUGCGGCGGCCAAUCAGAUCCCUCCUAAAUGUGUCGACAGGGUAACAGAAGUCCGAGGGUUCACUGACCUCCAGAAGGAGGAGUACUUCAGGAGGAGAUCCAGUGAUGAGGAGCUGUGCAGGAGAAUCAUCUCACACAUCAAGGCGUCCAGGAGCCUCCACAUCAUGUGCCACAUCCCAGUCUUCUGCUGGAUCACUGCUACAGUUCUGGAGCACAUGUUGACCACAGACCAGAGAGGAGAGCUGCCCAAGAGCCUGACUGAGAUGUACUCACACUUCCUGCUGGUUCAGACACAGAGGAAGAAGCACAAGUACGAUGAGAGACAUGACAGGAGUCAGCAGGAGCUGAUGGAGACUGACAGGGAAGUUCUUCUGAAGCUGGGCAGGCUGGCGUUUGAACAUCUGGAGAAAGGCAACCUGAUGUUCUACCAAGAAGACCUGGAGGAGUGUGGUCUUGAUGUCACAGAGGCCUCGGUGUACUCAGGAGUGUGCACAGAGAUCUUCAAAACCGAGUGUGUGUUCUUCCAGAGAAAAGUCUACUGCUUUGUUCAUCUGAGCAUUCAGGAGUUUUUCGCAGCAGUCUACAUCUUCCACUGCUACACCAACAGGGACAUGAAGAUAAUGGAGACAUUCAUUGGAAACGGAUGUAGUUAUCAAUCCCGGCAUGCCUUUCUGAAGGCAGUAAUGUUGAAAGCCUUGGACAGUAAAAAUGGCCACCUGGACCUCUUUGUCCGCUUCCUUCAUGGCCUCUCACUGGAGUCCAACCAGAGGCUCUUGGGAGGCCUGCUGGGUCGGACAGGGAGCAGACCAAAAGACAUCCAGAGAGCCAUCAACAACCUGAAGAAGAUGGACACUUUAAAUAUCUCUCCUGACAGAAGCAUCAACAUCUUCCACUGUUUGAUGGAGAUGAACGACCUCUCAGUACAUCAGGACAUCCAAGAGUUCCUGAAGUCAGAGAACAGAUCAGAGAAGGAACUCUCUGUGAUCCACUGCUCAGCUCUGGCCUACAUGCUGCAGAUGUCAGAAGAGGUUCUGGAUGUGUUGGACCUGAAGGCGUACAACACAUCAUUGGAGGGACGACGGAGACUGAUCCCAGCUGUGAGGAACUGCAGGAAGGCUCGACUGUCUGACUGUGGACUGUCAGAGACUCACUGUGAAGUCCUGGCCUCGGCUCUGAAGUCCAACCCCCACCUGACAGAGCUGGACCUGAGUCACAACUACCUACAGGAUUCAGGAGUGGAGCUGCUGUCUGCAGGACUGGAGAGUCCAAACUGCAGACUGAAGACUCUGAGACUUGACAGGUGUGAAUUGUCAGAGAGCAGCUGUGCUUCUCUGGCCUCGGCUCUGAAGUCCAACCCCAAUCUGACAGAGCUGGACCUGAGUGACAACAAGCUGCAGGAUUCAGGAGUGGAGCUGCUGUCUGCUGGACUGCAGAGUCCAAACUGCAGACUGAAGACUCUGAGAUUGAGGUCUUGCAGCUUGUCGGGGAGCAGCUGUGCUUCUCUGGCCUCGUCUCUGACGUCCAACCCCCAUCUGACAGAGCUGGACCUGAGGGGAAAUGAUCCAAUGGACAAGACAGUGGAACUGCUAUUUGAUCUGGUGGAGAGUCCAAACUGUGGACUGAAGGCUCUGAGGGUGAACUAUGAAGAAACCGUGAUCCCAGCCGACAGCCUUAGACGAUAUGCCCGUCAUCUCACACUGGAUCCAAACACAGCACACAGAGACCUCCGUCUGUCUAAAGACAACAGAGAGGUGGAGAAGAUGUCUGAGCAGCAGUCGUAUCCUGAUCAUCCAGACAGAUUUAACCUGCCUCAGGUUCUGUGUAGAGAAGGUCUGACUGGGCGAUGUUACUGGGAGGUCCAGUGGAGUGGAGUGGUUGAUAUAGCAGUGACUUACAGAAGAAUCACAAGAAGUGGUGAUGACUCUUGGCUUGGAUUCAAUGAACAGUCCUGGAGUCUGAGGUGCUCUGAUCACAGCUACACUGCCAGACACAACAGGAAGUUCACCAACAUCUCUGUCCAUCCACGUGGAUCUGACAGAGUAGCAGUGUAUCUGGACUGCUCUGCUGGGACUCUGUCCUUCUACAGAGUCUCUUCUGACAGCCUGAGACUCCUCCACACCUUCAGCUCCACAUUCACUGAGCCUCUCUACCCUGGGUUUGGGUUUGGGUUCUGGUCUCCUCGUUCUCGUCUGGUUCUGCUUUGAGUUUCUGAGAAACAAACACUCGCUUGAAAAUGUUUUGGACCAUCUGUAUCAGAGUGUUGGUUGUUAAUCAGCUGGAGAAGAGGCUGCAGAACUCAACUGUCAUGUUCUUAAAAUGUUCAAGAAUCAAAAUUUUCAUGUUGUCAAAAAGCUGAUUGACAGUAUUGAUCCUGAAUCCGCACAGACAUAAAUGUCUUGUCUGAUUAGACCGUGUGCCACAGUGAGCCAAGAGGCUGCAGGUUUUCAUUCCAACCAAAAUCUCCACCAGCUGAUUUCACUGAUCACCUCCAAGCAGAGAGGAGGGACUAAACCUGCAGCCUCUCGGCUCACUCUGGAUUAGACCAAUCCUGCUGACUGCAGACGUCACCGAAGCCUGUACCCUCUCCCUGAUUGGCUGGGUUU